GUGGCCGCGGAGGAGGAGAAAGAGGUGCCUGAGGUGGAGGCAACCGCGGUGGGCAGACUGGGUCCCUCGUCGGGAAGAUGAGGCGGAGGCCCGGGGAGCUGAGCGGGCUGAGCCGGGGCGCUUUCCUCUCAGCCGCCAGGGCAAGAUGGCAGCGGCCGAGGAGGCGGCGGCAGCAGCAGCAGCCAGAGGCUGAGCCUGGCCUGAGAGGCGCCUCCUGGUAGAAGCGCUCCGGACAUGCCGAGGGCGGCGGCGGCGAAGGCAGCGGUGGGGACUGUAGCGCUGCCGGUUCUGUGAAGGUAUGGCCUCACAAGUCUUGGUCUACCCACCAUAUGUUUAUCAAACUCAGUCAAGUGCCUUUUGUAGUGUGAAGAAACUUAAAGUGGAGCCAAGUAGUUGUGUGUACCACGAAAGAACCUACCCACAGAUCCAUGUGAAUGGUAAAAAUUUUGGAAUCGCUCAGCCUCCCAGCAGGGUUGGUACUUUCUUGCAGGCACCAAACCUAUUUGACAGACCUCAAAGAGAUACUUUUUUGCUGCAGACCAGUGGUGUUGCUUUAAAAAAUAUUGCAGGUGCUACAAAGAUAUUAGCAGUGCGGGCACAGCAACCUCAAGGGGAAGCACCUUGGACUGGGACAGAGGAAAGUGGAUUAAAUGCCUUGGACCGCCCCCAGCGAUGUGGACUGAAGCGUAAGAGUGAAGAGUUGGAGAAUCAGAGUGGCGCAAUGCAGAUUGUUGAUGAACUGCCUAUAUUGCCUGCAAUGUUGCAAACUAACUUGGGGAACCCAGUGACGGUUGUGACAGCUACUGCAACUUCAAAAGCAAGUGGUACCAAUGGUGAUGGUGAUUAUCAGUUAGUACAUCAUGAGGUGUUAUGCUCUGUGAAAAAUACUUAUGAAGUUCUUGAUUUCCUUGGCCGAGGGACUUUUGGACAAGUUGUAAAGUGCUGGAAAAGAGGAACAAAUGAGAUAGUGGCAAUCAAAAUUCUGAAGAACCAUCCAUCUUAUGCACGCCAAGGACAAAUUGAAGUGAGCAUAUUAGCAAGACUGAGUACUGAGAAUGCUGAUGAGUUUAACUUUGUGAGAGCAUAUGAGUGCUUUCAGCAUCGCAGCCAUACCUGCUUAGUUUUUGAAAUGUUGGAACAGAAUUUAUAUGAUUUUCUGAAACAAAACAAGUUUAGCCCUCUUCAGUUGAAAAUAAUACGGCCUAUUCUGCAACAAGUGGCCACUGCACUGAAAAAACUAAAAAGUCUUGGUUUAAUACACGCUGACCUCAAACCAGAAAACAUUAUGUUGGUAGAUCCUGCCCGACAGCCGUAUAGGGUUAAGGUAAUUGACUUUGGAUCUGCCAGCCAUGUAUCAAAGACUGUCUGUUCAACGUAUUUGCAGUCCCGGUACUACAGAGCACCAGAAAUCAUAUUAGGUUUGCCGUUUUGUGAAGCCAUAGAUAUGUGGUCACUGGGCUGUGUGAUUGCGGAACUAUUCCUUGGAUGGCCACUAUAUCCAGGAGCUCUUGAAUAUGACCAGAUUCGUUACAUUUCGCAAACGCAAGGUUUGCCUACAGAGCAAUUGUUGAAUAUUGGGACGAAGACCACACGAUUUUUCUGUAAAGAAACAGAUGCACCAUAUUCUGGUUGGAGAUUAAAGACACUGGAAGAGCAUGAAGCAGAGACAGGCAUGAAAUCUAAAGAGGCUCGAAAGUAUAUUUUCAACAGUUUGGAUGAAAUAGUGCAUGUGAACAUGGUGAUGGAUUUGGAAGGAAGUGAUCUGUUGGCAGAGAAAGCAGACAGAAAAGAGUUUGUUAGCUUAUUGAAGAAAAUGUUAUUGAUAGAUGCUGAUUUAAGAAUCACCCCAGCUGACACACUGAACCAUCCUUUUGUUACCAUGAAGCACCUCCUGGAUUUCCCUCAUAGCAACCAAGUGAAAUCUUGUUUUCAUAUCAUGGACAUUUGCAAGUACCGAUCAAGUUCAUACGAGUCAAAUAAUCGCAAUAAAACAACACACAUGAGACCAGUUGCCUCAGGCAGUUUACCAGGUCUGGCUGCUAAUUUCCCAAAGAUUGGCACAGUACGAAGUCAGACAUUAGCUGCAUCUGCCCAUUCUAUUAUGCAUCAUGGAAUACCACUACAAGCAGGAACUGCUCAGUUUGGUUGCAGUGAUGCUUUUCAGCAAACUCUGAUAAUAUGCCCACCUGCAAUCCAAGGCAUUCCAACUAAUCACGGGAAGCCUAAUGGUUACUCUGUAAGGGUAGACAAUACAGUGCCACUGGUAACACAAGCCCCGCCCCUCCAGCCACUCCAGAUAAGAGGAGUCCUUUCUCAGACCUGGUCUAAUAGAACACAGCAAAUACUGCUUCCAGCAUGGCAACAAGUAACUCCUGUGGCUCCUGCUACAACACUAGCCUCUGAUUCGUGCCCACAGAGGCUUGGAGAUUGGGGGAAAGUGAUUUCACAUGGCAGCCAUUACAACUCAGUAAUGGCACAGUCUCUUUUAACCAAUCAAAUAACUUUAUCUGCCCCUCAACCAAUCAGUGUGGGCAUUGCACAUGUUGUCUGGCCUCAGCCCACAUCUACCAAGAGAAAUAAAGUGUGCCAGAACAGGAGUAAUGUGUUGCAAAAUACCAAUAUCCAAAAUUCAGCAUUUGUGUCUCCAAAGAUAAUUAAUGUGAAGGCUGGUGAGAAACUAAGUUGUGUAGAAACACGGGACAAUCAUAACUCGGAGGGACAGGAAAGCAACUAUUGCAAACCAUCUGAUGGGCUGGACCCCGAUUCAUCUAUUUCAAACAAACAACGGCAGGCUAUCAUCAUUGCGGAUUCCCCAAGUCCAGCAGUGAGUGUGAUUACCAUCAGCAGUGACACAGAUGAAGAAGAUGUGGCACAAAGGCAUUCACUUGCAGAGUGUAAUGGUAGCCUUGAUUGUGAAGCUUGCCAGAGUACUCUAAAUAUUGACCGUGUGUGUUCAUUAAGCAGUCCUGAUAGCACUUUGAGUACCAGCUCUUCUGGACAUUCCAGUCCAUCUCCUUGUAAAAGGCACAACAGUAUGUCAGAUGAUGAUCAAGAAAGUGGCUGUGAUACUGUGGAUGGCUCCCCCAGUUCAGACUCUUCAGGCCAUGACAGCCCAUUCCUACAAAACAAUUUUGCUGAAGAUACCAGGGAAAACCCAGAAACAAGAACCUCAACGAAUUUGGAAGCCAAACCAGCUGUCUGCACUGUGGUGGUGCCACCAAUGACGAUAGAGAACAGAUUAGAUGCAGAUGAGCAAAUGAUACGCAAAGAUGCCGCCUGCCAACCACUGGUAAAACGUCGAUCUGCCCGUACAAAAACAAACCACCCUUCGGGCUUUGGUAAUCGUCAACGAAAAUUGACAUCGGCAUUCCAUCAGCAGCACUCAAACCUCAGUCGGGUUCAACACUUUGGAUCUGGGACUCAGGAGUGGAAUGGAAACUGUGGGCCCUGGAGACAGCAGGCCUAUAUCCCAGCCAGUGUGGCCAGUCAUGCAUUCUCUCUCCAGCAUGGAAGUCCCACUCAUACCUCGGUUCAUGCACAUCUGGCUGGAAGUGCACAUCUUGGAGGGCAGCCUGCUAUUUUACCUUAUCCGUCAUCUGCACCUCUUAGUACUGCUGCUCCUGUGGCACACAUCCUAGCCUCACCGUGUACCUCAAGACCUAUAUUACAGCAUCCCACUUUCAGUAUAUCUCAUCACAAUGGCAUAGUUCACCAAGUCCCAAUGGGCAUAAACCCCAGACUACUACCCUCCCCAACUAUCCAUCAGACUCAGUACAAACCGAUUUUCCCGCCACAUUCUUACAUAACAUCCCCUGCUUACACAGGAUUUCCAUUGAGUCCGACAAAACUCAGCCAGUAUCCAUUUAUGUGAGAAUUCAAGUUCAGCAUGCUGAGGAAGCUCAAUGAAACAUGCGUUGAUUUGAGAGAAGAACAUGGUAUUUAAUAAAUAUUAGCCAUGGCACAAGAAAAUUAUUUUUUUUUUAAUCAUGUUAGACUUGGGUGCAAUUUAAACAACCUUGAGCUUUAACUCACUUUUAAUGUGUUUUUGCACAUUUGGUAUAACUUGUCUUUAGUCAUGUUAUCUUCUUAUAGAGUAACUCCAGACAGGUGACUUAUGGGAGCAGAAAACCAGUUUUGCUCCUACUAUUUUUUAUACAAUUGCCUUCUAACUAGUGCGAGACACGUCUACAUUUGGGAAGCCAUUUGAGUGUACAGAUUUAGAGCAACAGAUGCACAUGUGUCAUCAGUAUCAUGUAUGAGUAACUUGUUUGUAUUAUGUAUCUUGGUGUUCUGCGUCGAGUCACUUAUCUAAAGAGGUUGAGCUGUUAUUCACAUUGCAUGUGUCCUUUUGCAUGGGCAAAAAUAAAGUUGCCUAGAAAAUUGCUCUUAAAUGUUGGUGUCCUAAUAAUCUCAGCUGCAUUGUAAACUGUUUCCACACAUAGUGCCUUAAAUAUUUGAGGUUGUCAAUGUUAUUAUAUUAUAAAUGUUGAGGACUGCAGCACUUAACAUUCAGAUUUGCUGAUUAUUUGAUAAAGUAAUGCUCUUUUUUUAGGGGUGUGUGUGUGUGUGUGUGUGUGGGGUAUGAUUUUAGUACUGAGUGUGUUUUGUUUAUCUAGAAGGCAGCAUGUUUUGCUGUAGCUGAAUUCUGCUGUCUGAUACUUUUCCCCAGAAUGAUCAGCUUUAAGAAAAGCAUUUUGUAGUGCUUUAGGAAAAGUUGAUUCAGUAGCUGUUUUAAAAAAACAAAUAAAAUUGUGUUUUAUACUGUUCAGUGGAACUGCAAUACAUCCAAGUAGUUUAUUUUCGAAGUGUUUAUGUCAAAUUGGAUUUUAUAUCCUGUUUAGAGGUGCAGUAGGCAUGACUUGGGUAGAUUAUGAAAGAAUAAAGCAAAAUGCUCAUUGAUUCAUGCUGUGGUUUCAUCUUAGCUUGAGCAAACCAUGCAGUAUUUAAUAAAUAGUAGCGAAAUAUUUACUAUUGAAGCUUGAAAAGAUGUGAGUACCUUGUGUGCAAUUUUUCAUUUAUGCAUGAGAGAGAUUUUAGUCUUUUUACAUUAUAGUAUUUGUUCUAGCCUUUUGGGAUGUUUUCUUAUUUAAUACAUUCCGUCAGGGACAAUAAAUUACAUCCCCCCCCCCCCCGAGGGCUUUUUUUUUUUGUGUGGUUGGGGUUUUGGUUUUUUUUGUUCAUGUUCAAGUAAAAUUGCUUUUGCAGCACCAAAGACUUAAUCUUAAUCAUCCAUUUCCUAUAAAAGGUAGCUACUUUUUCAUAGACCUCAAGUAUACUGUAACUGUAGUGUUAGCAAUGGGUUUAAAGGAAGUUAUUAACGUGAGGCUGUGUUCUAGCUUAUGAGGCAAGUAAUAAAUUGUAUCAUUUAUCUUGAAUGUAUCAUAGAUAAAGCUGCUAUAUAAUGAUUGCCACUUCAGAUAGCUGUGAAAUGAGGUGAUUUAACUAGAUCUUAGCCUUCUAUUUUCUGUAUAAGUCUAAUUACAUGAAAUGGAAGGGGGGUUGAUUUGUUUUGUUUGCUUUUAUGUUUGGAGUGUAACUAUUAUAUUGUAAAUGAUGAAAGGAAAUGCGUAUGUUAUUUUGGGGUGUUAUUUGCAUCAGUAUUUUAUCUCCAUUAACUAUCACUGCAUAUAAGUGGUUGUAUCCAUGUAAUUUAAUUUUUAUGUGUUCAUAUUCACUUGUGUAGACACUUAAAACUGUAUCUUGGUGGCUUGACUUUUUAUAAACAAAAGUUUCUGGAAUACAGUUCUUUCAGCAUGGACUGGAAUAUGAGUGCAAAGUGUUUCUCAAGCUCAAUCCUAAACAUGUUUACUCAGAAAUAUGUCCUUUUGUAUUCAAUGGGGUUUACUCCCAGGUAAAUGUGUUUAGGAUUGCAGCCUCAGUUACUAACAGGUUUUUCUUUGUUCCAUUAACACAAGCAGUGUUUUAUUUAAUGUAUGUGUAAGUGAAAUGAAUGUACCUACAUUUGAUUUACUUUAAAGGAUUGAAAUACAGCAGUAUUCACACAACCAAAAACCAGCAGUACAUUUUAAUGGCUGAAAAUGAAAUUAAACUGUAAUAUUUCCUACAAGUUUGGGCCACAGCCUGAGAGCCACAGGUAUAAUUUUGCAUGCCCAGUGGAGCUUUUGAUAGACUGUCCUUUUUCUAGAAAGCUUCUGUUUUACAUCAGAAAAGCUUUUUUUAAACUUUGGGGAAGUUUAAAAAGAAGUUUGUGAUACGGCAUGAGAGGCUGCAAAAUGAAGAGUAAAAAGUUCCACUGGACAUGGAUGAGUUCUGGAGGCUACCUAAAAGAGUUCUCUGGAUUUUGGCUUCAGUGGUUUUUCAUAAACAGCAUUUUAUAUAAAUACAAAUUGUUUGUGCGUGUGUGUAUAUAUACAUAUAUAAAGCACGAAUAAUCUGACUUAGUGCAACAUUUUGAGCACAUACUAAAGUUUAAAUAGAUGAAGUCAAGAACAGUCAAGCAGGUCCUGCUCCUCAGUGUUUGUGAUUCAGCAAAUUCUGAUUUUCUAUUCUCAACAUAGAGAAUUGGGGCUUCUUGGUGUGAUUUCCAUUGCUGGCAGUGGACUCAGUAAAAAAAAAAAACUAUGAGCACCAGAAGUUGACUUUUCUGUAAAGAUAACAAAAAUUGCUUUUUAAAUUUACUUGGACCCUUUCUUGCUCUUAAGUAUUUAUUGUACUGUUAAAUUAUACUUAGGAUAUAAAGCUAAUUUUACUUGGCACAUUAAGCCAAGCUGAAACAUGAAGCCUCUGCUAUUGAUAUGCCCCAAGUAAAGCUCGUGGCUCUUGAUGUGUUUUUUAUUCUUUCAUGAUGAUAAAAAAGAAACUGAGAUCUGCCACAACCAACCUUGAACAUAAUAUAUGACUCUAUAACCAGUUCUGUAAUGAGAAUUUCCGAGAAGUACCAGAAUUUUUGCCAUCCCUGUAGUUCAAAACGCUUACUCUUCAGCAGUUUUUUUUUUACUUCUGUUUGCUGUGGAGUAAAUAGCUUGUGGCUUCAGAGGGCCAACUGUCUUUCUCUACAGAACUGCCUGCAAGACAAGGGUAUAAAUCUGGAAAAGUUGUCCCAUAUACACACUUUAUUGAUCUAAUGCCUUUUAAAUAAAA